AUGGCUAAUACAAGGGCAAAUGCUAGAAGGAAUGAGAAAAACGUGGUGGAUCAAGAGGUUCCCCCACAACCUCCACAAGCUCUAAUUAACCCUAUGGAUGAGAAUGUUACAAAUGCGGAGUUUAGAUCGGCGAUCCAAAUGCUGGCCCAAACCAUGAUGACACAUAGCUCUGGUGAACCCAAUGUGGGUAUGCCCGCUUUAAGAGUGAGGUAUUUUAUGAGGAUGAACCCUCCGGAGUUUUAUGGCUCCAAAAUAGAAGAGGAUCCUAAAGAGUUUAUAGCUGAGUCAAAACUCAAGGAAAAGAAUAAGGAGGUGAAAAGAGAUAGGACCGGUGAUGGGAACUCCUCCAAUGCUAGAUCCGAUGGACAAGGUAGGACUAGGUUUAAACAAAGGUAUUCCGGUCAAGAUUCUCCCAAUACCUCUAAGUUUAACCAAGAGAAGGGUGGUGAGUCUUCAUUGCCUAAGCCUAAUUGCACCAAGUGUGGAAGGAAUCACCAUAGUAGGUGCCUAGCCGGCAUGGAUGGUUGUUAUGGUUGUGGAAAAAGUGGUCACAAAAUGAGGGAUUGCCCGAUGCUUAAGGCUAAAGGAAGAGAGGGCAAGCAAGCCACUCCUAGUGGUCCGAACUCUAAUGCCCCCAAGCAAAACUGGUUUUAUGCACUUCAAGCUAGAGGUGAAGAAGAGUGUGCCCCGAUGUGGAUCCCGGUAUGUUAG